GUCGUUUGAAACGCUUGCGUGCCGUAGCUUGAUAAACAGUUUUGUUGGUCGAAUUUCUCGCAUUUUAGUAGCGUUUAAUAAUAAUUUAUAAGAUAUACUCAUUCUCAAGUUCAUCCGCAAUCCGUACAGCAUCGAAUCCACCAAUUUCCGGUCGGAUUUAAAUGAAGUGAGAAAAUCUGCCAUUUCCAAGUGUGAGAGCGGAAAACAUGAACCGAAACCAAUUGCUCUACGUGGAGAACAUUUCCCCAUCGAGCUCGGAGGAGCAUCUGAUUACGUACCUCGAAAAGUGGGCCCCGGUGCAGCAGGUCUACUUCCUGCGGGAGAAGCAAUGCACCAAGCGGUCCAUUGCGGCGUUCGUACGGGUGGCCAACGAAGCCGACCUGGAUUUGCUGCUGUUGCGGAAUCAGCAAAAUUACCGCGGCAAGCGACUGUUUAUGGUGCGCGUUGAUCAGACGCAGUUUUUCCAAGCCGACCAUACCGUCAUUGUGCGCAACAUUACUGGAAAAAUCUCCGAAGAGAACCUUUACGAUCAUUUUGAAGAAUGCGGCAAGAUAGCAUUCCUUCAGAUUCGUACCGACGAUUUUGCCUACAUAGGUUUCGAGGACAAGUCAUCGGUUCGCAAUGCGAUGAACAAAAACAACAUGCUUCUGAAGGGAUCCAGCCUUAAGAUUCAAUUGCUUACUCGCAACAUUGAAAUUAUGAUUGUCAAUUUGGACACGCUGAAAGCAAGAAUGCCAGAUCUGUAUCGAAAAAUGAUCCUGCCGAUCGAGCCUCGUCAGCCUGAUAUGGCUCAGGAGCAGUCGAGGCCGCCACAGCAACAGCAAUCUCAACCUGCAAAACAACAACAACAACAACAACAGCAGCAGCAGGCACAACAACCCAGAAAUCAACAACAGCAGCAGCAGCAGCCACAACAACAGCAUUCGCAACCUGCGAAGCAACAGCAACAAUUUGGAAACCAACAGCAGAAAUCUCAACCACCGAAACAGCAGCAACAGUAUCAACCACAACAACAAACCGGAAAUCAACAACAGCAAAAUCAACGUCAGCAACAACCACAACAACAGCAGCAGCAGCAAAGAGGGCAACCGCAACAGCAAAGGCAGCCUCAACAACAACCCCAGCGCCAGCAACAACAACCCCAACCCCAGCGUCAGCAACAACAACAACCCCAGCGUCAGCAACAACAACAGCCCCAGCGUCAGCAACAACAACAACAACCCCAACCCCAGCGUCAGCAACAACAACAACAACAACCCCAACCCCAGCGUCAGCAACAACAACCUCAACCUGAACGACAGCAGAUGUCCACCAUUCAGCUGUUGAAGGAGAAGGCCAAUGCAUUUGCUGGGAAACAACAACAACAACCACAGCAGAAGCCUCCACAACCUGCUCCUGUUGUUCAACCAACCAAGUCCACUCCCCCAGUACAAGAACAACCGAAGAAGCAGGAAACAGUUACACCAGUUCCGGUCCCUGUUGCCACUCCGGCUCCCGUUGUCGCUCCGGCUCCUGUUGUCGCUGCAGCUCCCGCUGUGGACUCAGAAGAUGCGGAUGAUGUACAGAUCAUAGAACUAAUGGAAACGACAGAAAUCCUCGAUGAAUCCGACUCGGAAAUAUCAAUAGUGGACACAUCGGUCGUUCCACCCAUUCCAUCUGCGUACAAACCGCAGCCGAACGAUCUCAUGCGACCAGUGAAGGCCUCUGAGAUUGAGAUGAACGUUGCCGAAGUGAAGACCCAGAAAGAUUGCCGCAGUGUGUGGGUUAACAACAUCCAACCGGAGACGAGUCGUCUCGUUCUGGUGUUGUACAUGGAACAGUUUGGCGAUGUGGAAACGUGCAAGAUCGGUUCGUCGAAGAAUUGCUACUUUACUCGGUGGGCCAAAGUUUGUUUUACCUCGGAGGAAGCUGCAGUAAGAGCGACAGAGUACUUUCUGCAUCCGUUCCACGGACGAUAUCUGUUCGUUCUGGCAUGCAACCGGUACAUUGUCGAAGUUCCGGGGAAGGUGUUUGUGUUGGAUUAUCUAUCGAAAUAUUUAGUUUACGAGGACGUCGUCAAGAGCUUCAAACAUGUUGGGGAUGUGUUCUAUUUGGUGAGAUUAUUGGACAACAACUUCAAGGUGCGGAUUUUCUUCCUGAACAAUGUGGAUGCCAAGGCCGUGCUCGCUGUGAAGUCACUUGGCGGAAGGCCAGUCAAUGUUGAACCAUACAUAGAGGGCAUGGAUUUAAAGCUUCCCAAGAAAAUAGCUACUACUCUCAGGAUGCAAAGGGCAGUCAUGGGCCCCAAGAAAGAGGCACGCAUGGCAAAAAUCCUCGACAUCUACAAAAAAGAGAUGUUUGAUUGCUGCGAUCCUGUUGUCAAUCCAGAUGGUAAAACCGAAGGCAUCGUAGUGCUCAUCUCCAAUGUUCACAACUCAACAUCCGUGCAGCAGAUCAAUGCAUUCCUCGAAUCCAUCGGUAAUCCGACUUUCGUCCGCCGCGAGCAGGAACAAUUCAAUGUUGGUUUCCAACGCAUCUACGUUGGAUUCCGCACAAUGUCCAUGGUGCUCAAGGCUAUCGAAUUGCCGUCGGACAGGACCCUGAAUGGUUACAAACCGUUCAUUUUUGCUGCCUGGACCAAACCGCGCAUGACGGAAAAGAACACAUCGAGGUUCUUUUUCGAUUCCAGAGAAAUUACGGUUCAGGAAGUCUACGACGGAUUGAUUCGUUACGGUAAGAUACGCUACAUCGAGAAGGAAAACCCGAAAUCGGCCCUGGUUGUAUGGGAUGGCCAAGGCAACGGCUUCAGCAAGUGCAAGAUUACUAAAGGAUUCUCUAUCGGAUCGGUGUCUGUCGUCGGCAAAGAGGACUUCUUAGACUACCAGGGGGUGGACGGUAAACAAGGUAAAUCCUGGUUCAAUGAAGAGUGCAACCGGUUGAGUAAGGAGGCGAACCAAGCCAGACGCCUUCUGGAAAUGGUGAACACGCCGGAGAAUAGAGAACGCUACAAGCAAGCAAUGGCGGCCAAGACGAGAGUUGUGCGUCGGUUGAAGCGAAAUUCCAAAAAAGAUGCUGAUAAUUACAACAAAUAUGGUGGCAUCGAAGAACACGUUUUCCUUCUCCAGCAAGCACUGGAUGAGGCGCGUGAUAAGUCCACCGAGAAAGAGCCCUACGCUGCCCCCGCCAAGAAACCAUCGGAAUCGAUUGUGAUUGAUGACGAGGACGACGUGGUCGAAGUUUCGAAUAAUUCUCCCAGCAAGAACAUCCAACCGAACCAGAACAAGAAGCAGCCGAAUGAGAAAAACCAACAGAAUCAAAAGAAGCCACAGAACAGGCAGCAGCAAUACCAACAACAACAGCAACAACAACAACAACGGAAAGGACCACCCCAACAACGGCAGCAGCAGAGGCAACCACAGCAGCAGCAGCAACAGCAGAGACCCGGCAGAGAUCGCAAUCGUAAUCCAUUUGCCAAUAACAGUUCACCGCAGCGCCACCAUCCAUACCAGCAACAACUAGAUCAGCGUCGUUCGAUGAACCCAUGGGGAGAGCAGGAUAAUCAAGGGCCCAUUUGGAACGACCAACAACAACAACAACAACAACAGUUCCAGCGGCAGCACGAUCAGUUCAUGCCAGAUGAUCGCUUCAUUCGCAACAACGACGGUCCCUUCGAUAGUUUCGAUCAGGGGGGUCGCAACAUGAACCAAUUCGACCAGAGGAUGUCACAGCAGUUUGGAGACUUUCUGAUCAACCAGCAAAACGACAACGGGUUCAAUUAUGGUCCGAUGGACAGUGACGAUCCUCCGUUGGAUCGCCGCUGGGGACAUCAGCAACAGCAACAGCAGCAUUUCAAUCAAUUUAGUCCUCCGCGGCAGCGGUCUCCAUUCGGUCGUGGAUUCGACGACCGCGACGACGAUAAUCUCAAUUUCGGUCGAGAUUCGCCCGGAGUUCCACCGAACAUCCCGGAGGAUGAAAUCGAUGAGUACAUUAUGCGCAAACAGGAAGCCAUCAAGCGUCGUCUCGAGCAGUUGGACAAGCAACUGAUCACCUCGGUUGAAAGCUCCCGUCAUCGCGACUUUGAACAUGAUCAACGCCGACGGAAAGGAACCGUCUACAGCGACAACGGUGACGUCCAUUACGUCCCGAAUCCUGCUGCUGUUGCCAGAAACCGUGCGCGUCGCGGUGUUGGCUUCGGCGGCGGCAGAGGCCGUGGCAGAGAAGGUGGCAUUGGCGAAGCCAGAAGGGCUCCAAGGCAAAGUCAGGAACGCAACAACUCCCGGGACAGAAACCGUCGUGAGCGAGAGGACAUUCGGAUGUACCGACAAAGAGAUCCGUUUGCCGGUGUGGACAUCGUGCCAAUCAUUCGCAUCUCGGAGGAUCGAUCCCCAUCGCCAAAGAGGAAUCGGGAAAAUGCGUUCGAUCCAGCUCAGUUCGAUGCUGCAUGGAGUUAAGCUAGAUUUAAGAGCACAGCAGACAAUUUCUCUUCACAGAUUUGGAAUGCAUGUCAUCUGACAUAAGGGUACUCGAGAGCGGUGAGUAUCUACUUACUUACAAAUUUUACUGAACUAUGGAAAUUGGUAUUGACUCUGUAAUGCUACAUUCGAUAUGUAUUAAUUAACUGAAUGGUAAAUAUUCAUGAUUCUAGUAAAU